UUCCGCUGGUAUUAGCGGCUGGUGUUUGUUGACAGCAACUACACAUAACUUCACUCUGUUGUAAUAGUUUCAUUUUGAGUAAAAUGGCAUCGCCUAACUCGUACAAACUCAGGUGUUCCAUCCCUGGCCAUGAGAUGGACGUCAGGGGACUCGCAACUGCUGUUUUUCCAGUGGGAGCUUUCGUGUCCGUGUCCAGGGACCGAACCGGAAGAGUCUGGGUGCCAAAUUCAAGCAGCCCAGAUAAAGGCUUCACUGAGAUGCACUGUAUGUCAGGCCACUCAAAUUUUGUAUCCUGUGUCUGCAUCAUUGCACCCAGUGAAACAUAUCCCCGGGGACUGAUUGCCACAGGUGGGAAUGAUAAUAACAUUUGUGUUUUCACACUCGAUCAACCACAGCCCCUGUUCACCCUUCAGGGUCACAAAAAUACAGUUUGUAGUCUGUCAUCUGGAAAGUUUGGGACACUUCUGAGUGGCUCGUGGGACACUACAGCCAAAGUGUGGCUCAAUGAGAAGUGUAUGAUGACUUUGCAGGGCCACUCUGCAGCUGUUUGGUCUGUGGUUAUCUUACCUGAACAAGGUCUUAUGCUUUCUGGAUCAGCUGAUAAGACCAUCAAGCUUUGGAAGGCUGGCCGAUGUGAGAGAACGUUUACAGGUCAUGAGGACUGCGUGAGAGGACUGGCAGUGAUUAGCAACACUGAGUUUUUCUCUUGCAGCAAUGAUGCAAGUAUCAGAAGGUGGCUGGUGACAGGCGAAUGUGUACAGGUCUACUAUAGUCACACCAACUACAUCUACAGCUUGGCUGUCUUCCCCAAUAGCGAAGAUUUUGUAAGCACAGGAGAGGACAGGACUUUGCGGAUAUGGCGGAAGGGAGAGUGCUGCCAGACCAUCCGCCUGCCCGCCCAGUCUGUCUGGUGCUGCUGUAUUCUGCCUAAUGGCGACAUAGCCGUCGGUGCUAGUGAUGGCAUCAUCCGUAUAUUUACGGAAGCUGAGGAUCGCAUGGCCAGUGCAGAAGACCUUCAGGCCUUUGAGGAUGAGCUCUCCAAAGCCACCAUUGAUCCUAAGACUGGGGACCUUGGAGACAUCAAAUUGGAAGACCUGCCUGGAAGAGAACAUCUAAAUGAGCCUGGAAAUCGUGAUGGACAGACUCGGUUGAUCAAAGAUGGAGAGAAGGUGGAGGCAUAUCAGUGGAGUGUCAGUGAUGGCCGCUGGAUGAAAAUUGGAGAUGUGGUUGGUGGCUCAAACCAACAGACAUCCAAGAGUGUGAUGUAUGAGGGAAAGGAGUAUGACUACGUCUUCACCAUUGAUGUGAAUGAGGGAGGGCCCUCCAUGAAGCUGCCUUACAACAUGACAGACGACCCCUGGCUGACAGCACACAACUUUCUGCAGAAGAAUGACCUCAGCCCCAUGUUCCUUGACCAGGUUGCUAACUUUAUCAUUGAAAACACUAAAGGACACGUGGUGGGACCUGCUCAGCCUGCAGUUGCUGAUCCAUUCACUGGAGGAGCACGAUAUAUCCCUGGUUCAUCUGAUGAUAGGCCAGGUUUUGGAGCAGAUCCUUUUACAGGCGCUGGUCGCUACAUCCCAGAGUCAGGCCCCAACCCAAGCGCUCCUGUAGGGGUGGCAGAUCCCUUCACAGGAGGAGGCGCCUACUCCUCAGCAGCCCUUAGACAAACACCUACCAAUAUCUACUUCCCCAAGACUGACGGUGUGACCUUUGAGCAAGCCAACGCCUCUCAGAUCAUUGCCAAGUUGAAGGAACUAAAUGGAGGUGCCCCUCAGGAGCACAAGCUCUCUGAAGACAUUUUGGGAAGUCUUGAGCUACUGUUGUUGUCUGUGUGCAACCCAAACUCCUCAGAGCCUCCUCCAAACAUCCAACAGAUUAACUUGCUCUGGAAAGCCUCACACUGGCCUGAAGAUAUUGUGUUUCCUGUCCUGGACAUUAUGAGGUUGGCAGUGCGUCACCCGCAGGUUAAUGAGACUCUUUGUGGAGAGGCAGAGGGAGUCCAGCUGUGCAACCACCUGCUGAGCCUAAUGAGGCCCGAGGGUCGUACUGCCAACCAGAUGCUGGCAUUACGGACUCUGUGUAACUGCUUUAGUGGCAAGUGUGGCCAAGCUCUCCUCAUGGCUCAGCGUGAAACAGUGCUGUCACGUGCUGCUGACCUGGUUACCGUCUGCAAUAAGAACAUCCACAUUGCUCUGGCUACUUUGGUGCUUAACUACGCUGGCUGCCUGCACGCUCAGCCUGAUCUUGAAGCCAAGGCUCAGUGUCUCUCUGUGGCCAGUAGAGCUCUGGAGACAGUACAAGACAAGGAGGCUAUAUUUAGGCUUCUGGUGGCCUUGGGAACCACUGUGGCCUCUGACAUAUCAGCACAGGACUUGGCACGUUCUUUGGAUGUCAGUUCUCAGAUUUCCAAAUACUCAUCAGUGUCUGAUCCAUCAAAGGUGGGCGAGUGUUGCAAGCUGGUUUUAAAAGAACUACACUGAUAUGACAAAUUAGGGGGAAAAGAAAAAAAGCAAAAACAAAGAGCACUUCUGUCUAUUAUGUUGCUCUACUUGAUCAGUUGUGGUGGACACUGAAAUUUUGAGCUUGUAUGUUCUUCAAUUUAAAAAAAAGACAAAUAAAAACUUUCCACAUGCUUA